AUGCUGGUGGGGCGAUUCAAGCAGAAUCGACAAUCCAGGAAGCAACUGACAAAGCUCCGCACACAGCUACUGCGUCAAGCCAUUCUUAAUAAUUACAUGUGUAAGGUAAAUCCUCCCAAAACAUGGAACAAAAAGAGGGUGAUACGGGAGGCGAAGAAGAAGGAGAAGGAGAUACAUCAUUUGGUGGAGGAGAAUCAUUAUGAUGAGCUAGAAGAUGAUUGGUUUCAGGUAGUGGGAGAUGUAGCUGGAGAGGUAGAGAUAGAGGAAGAAAAAGUGAAUGCGGAAAAGGAGGAUAUGUAUGAAGAGGAAGAGGUGGAGGACACAUUAGAGGAAAAGGUAGAGGAAGAAGAAGUGGAAGACGUAGAGGAAGGAGAAAUGGAAUAUCAAGUGGAAGAAGAAGAUGAUGAUCUCCAGCAGGAGAAGGUGGAGAAUACACAGGUAGUGGAUGAGGUCGAAACGGAGGAAAUAAAAGAGAAGGAAAGUGAGAAGGUGAAAAUGGAAGCAAUUACAGGAGACAAAGAGACAGAUGAGUACUGUUACUUACAGGAAGACAUCAACACUAGAGAACAGAAUUUAAAGACUGAUGAAGACCUGAUAAGUUUGACCCCUGUUAAGGUAAAUGCUCCCAAAACAUGGAACAAAAAGAGGGUGAUACGGGAGGCGAAGAAGAAGGAGAAGGAGAUACAUCAUUUGGUGGAGGAGAAUCAUUAUGAUGAGCUAGAAGAUGAUUGGUUUCAGGUAGUGGGAGAUGUAGCUGGAGAGGUAGAGAUAGAGGAAGAAAAAGUGAACGCGGAAAAGGAGGAUAUGUAUGAAGAGGAAGAGGUGGAGGACACAUUAGAGGAAAAGGUAGAGGAAGAAGAAGUGGAAGACGUAGAGGAAGGAGAAAUGGAAUAUCAAGUGGAAGAAGAAGAUGAUGAUCUCCAGCAGGAGAAGGUGGAGAAUACACAGGUAGUGGAUGAGGUCGAAACAGAGGAAAUAAAAGAGAAGGAAAGUGAGAAGGUGAAAAUGGAAGCAAUUACAGGAGACAAAGAGACAGAUGAGUACUGUUACUUACAGGAAGACAUCAACACUAGAGAACAGAAUUUAGAGACUGAUGAAGACCUGAUAAGUUUGACCCCUGUUAAGGUAAAUGCUCCCAAAACAUGGAACAAAAAGAGGGUGAUACGGGAGGCGAAGAAGAAGGAGAAGGAGAUACAUCAUUUGGUGGAGGAGAAUCAUUAUGAUGAGCUAGAAGAUGAUUGGUUUCAGGUAGUGGGAGAUGUAGCUGGAGAGGUAGAGAUAGAGGAAGAAAAAGUGAACGCGGAAAAGGAGGAUAUGUAUGAAGAGGAAGAGGUGGAGGACACAUUAGAGGAAAAGGUAGAGGAAGAAGAAGUGGAAGACGUAGAGGAAGGAGAAAUGGAAUAUCAAGUGGAAGAAGAAGAUGAUGAUCUCCAGCAGGAGAAGGUGGAGAAUACACAGGUAGUGGAUGAGGUCGAAACGGAGGAAAUAAAAGAGAAGGAAAGUGAGAAGGUGAAAAUGGAAGUAAUUACAGGAGACAAAGAGACAGAUGAGUACUGUUACUUACAGGAAGACAUCAACACUAGAGAGCAGAAUUUAGAGACUGAUGAAGACCUGAUAAGUUUGACCCCUGUUAGAAUAUGCCAGGACAAGAACUGUAGCUGUUCCACUUUAUGGUCUUCUAACGAAUUACCCAAUAGUUAUCAACAGUAUUAUUACGAAAACUGGCACAGCAGCGCUUUUCCUGAAAAACAAGUGUUCACUGAUCUGGCAGAGUGCAUGUCUUCGCCCGUACCUACUGAUGGUGAAGACUUUAGGUAUUACACGUAUCUAGAGUCAGAGGACGAAGAGAUGUUAGAAAAGUCAUGGAACGAAUGUUUUGAAACUCAAGAAUCUCAUCUAGGGCAAGAUGCGGUAGAGGCAAACAUGUCUACUGGAUCAGUUACGCAUAAUGAAGGUGUGAGUAUUCCGACUAGAAACGAGUUCGAGGAUUUGUCAAUCACAUUAACGACAAGAUCUUGCAGAAAAGAGGAAGAGGGGAUAUGCAGCAUGAGCAGUUGA